AUGGUGCUAAGGGUCAAAGGUCGAAGCUGUAAGCAACUGCUGCUGCUAAUUGUUCUGUGUUUGUUGUUUAUAACUGUGGCCAGCUACGUUGUCCUCGUCGGUAGCAACAAGCCUCAGGCCACGAGAGAGGUCAAAGGUCACACGUUGGCCAACUACGUCACUCAAAGAACGACAGUACUCAGCUUGAACACAACACACACCCACGACAAGCCCUCGGGUGUGAGGGCGGGGUGUAUAGAGUCGCAAGCCUCGGAUGGUCAUGGUGACCUCAAAUUUCUUCGGCAGAACGGGUAUGCGUGUGACCUUGGUAACGUCGACCUUGAUGCCUUACCAGACAGUGCGAUUCCCUUGACCUUCCACAGUUACCUGGACAACAUUGAUGUUGUGUGUAGCCGGAAAAUUCGAGCCGGAAAAAUUGGCGACGGCGGUUGGGAAGUUUGUGACGACAUGGACGUCCGCCCCAAGAGCCCCUGCACAGUCUACUCAUUCGGCAUCAACAACGACUUCAGCUUUGACGACGACGUCGCCAAGCUCUACGGUUGUCACGUGUUCUCCUUUGACCCCAGCAUGGGGGUCAAGUCCCACAACCGGUCCGACAAAGUCCACUUCUUCAACGUCGGGCUAUGGGGGGAGACGGGGCAAAAACACCCCAGGUUCCCAGGCUGGAUGAUGUAUACGCUGAAAGACUUAAAGUCAAUGCUAGGUCAUACCAAAGUGGACAUCGUUAAGAUAGACAUAGAAACAAGCGAAUGGAUGGCCUUGCCAAACAUACUGGACACUGGUCAGUUAGACGAUGUCCAGCAGUUGUACAUGGAGUUCCACGCCAUCUGGAACCUGGGCCGGCACACGAUCUUACCGCAGCUCAAGAUAUUCCAGAGACUGGAGGGGCUCGGGUUUAGGAAGUUUGACGUGCACAAGAACGUCAAGACGCCGAGAAAUAUCCCCAGGUUUCCGGUGGGUAGAACAAAGUGUUAUGAAGUUCAUUACCUGAAGCGGAAGUAAACAGGAAUACGUGUUGUAUUUUAAUGUUUUCAAGAUUAGUCGGACAAACUGCAAUUGUGAUAAACGUCGAUCUAAAAAAACUUAGAAUUAGGAUAUAAAAUAAACUGCAAUUGGGAUAAUCUAGAGGCUGUGAUAAGCUAACAUUUGGAUAAAUUAGUUUCUAAUAUAAUCCAGUUUUUUUUUCUGGAUGAGCUAGCAAUUAGGAUCGUCUAGCAUUGUUGUUACAUUUUUUAAGUUAUUGUAGUGUCCGUUUUCCAAUUAUAUUCUGUUUUAUUUUCAAAGAAUAUAUCAACCACGUUUCCUGUAGUGGACUUUGGUAAUAUGAAUUUAAGAUUUUUUCUUAUCUAUUGUGAGCUUAUUUAUUUAAGAACCCAUACAUCAUGACGCACUGUUAUGUCAGUUCUACUAGAAAUGUUUUGUUAGUUUUAACUAGAACUAACGUUCAUUUACUCAGAAGCAAUAUUUCGAUGGAAAAAUUGUAAUUAAAUUUAUUACCUCGUGCGGCUGUUAACUUUAAUUAAAAAGAAUAAAAGUUAGUUUAACUUUCGGAUAUGUCGGUCAACAAGGCAAAAG